AUGGAGAUCUUAUUCUUGGGGCAUCGAAUCAGUGAUGGUUUCAUUCGGAUGGACAAAUCACAAGUGCAAGCGGUUGUGGAAUGGAGAACUCCAAAGAAGGUGCCAGAGUUGAGAUCAUUCCUUGGUUUCGUCAACUACUAUCGACGCUUCAUAGCAGGCUAUUCGAAGCGUACAACUCCACUGACGGAGUUGCUAAAGAAGGAGCAACCUUCGAAGUGGUCUGACAAAUGUAAAAUAGCAUUCAAAGAUCUGAAGGCUGUUGUUCUGGAAGAACCGGUGCUCAAAUUGUCAGACUAUGGAGAGCCUUUUGAAGUCCAUACAAAUGCUUCAGACUUUGCCAUUGGGAGAGUACUCAUGCAGGAGGGUCAUCCGGUGGCUUACAAGAGCCGCAAGCUUAAUAAGACUGAGUAG